UAGACCACGCCCUCCGGAAACCCUCCCAAGAUAAUAAUUUUCUGUAUUCGCCCCUCAGUGUAAAUAGUAGCAACCAAUAAUGCUCCGUGUUAACUAUCGAAAUCAUCGAGUGCGAACACUGACGAUAGUUUUACAGCCGUAGGUGUAUGCAAAUAUUGAAAGUCAUUUAAUCCAACCAGCGAAGCAAACGCCUAUUCGCCUGUACUUGAAAUAAAACUGAUUUUAAAAAUACACUGCAGUAUUUCUUAUCUCCCUGCUAGUAUAUGAUAAAUAUUUACAUACGUCAAAAUUGCGGGAUUAUCAACAAUCACAGUUUUGAAUACUACAUUCUACUACAUAAUUCAUCAAGCGAACGAGAGCAACAACUGUAGAAUAGCUAAAAAUGAACGAAACUCAGAUAAACAACUUUCUGCGCUGCCUAAUACAGAUCGAUGACCUUAACUAUUUGGCAUUACACGCACACUCCGCCGGUAUAAGUGACCUGAAUUCCACCACAGUAGCAACACAUAGUAGUGAUAGACAGCCAAAGCAUGACGAUCACAACGAUGACACGUCGAGCAGUCACGACCUCCUCAUCGCCAAGGUGACCGCCAUGGUGGUGCUAUUCUGCGCCAGCGCGCUAUGCGGCAGCAUUCCAUUCCUGCUGAAUCGAUUUUUUCGAUGGACAGAAAGACAUGCAAAUACACGUUCGGCAACGGUUGUGAAGUGCCUGCUAUAUUUUGGUGGUGGUGUGCUGCUGGCCACAACAUUCUUACAUCUGCUACCGGAAGUACAGGAGUCUAUCGAGCAAUUGCAGGAGUGCGAUAUACUACCCACACUGAGUUUUAGUAUGGCAGAGUUACUCAUGUGUAGUGGCUUCUUCCUGAUGUAUCUGAUCGACGAGCUCCUAUACUCGUACAUACAUCAACAUGUGCGAUUGAUGGAGCAUGAUGCUGGCGCCGCUUUCGAACGCGGUCGUAGCAUACGCAACAGUUAUUUAAUGAGGGGUAGCAAUAAAGACCCCACUGCGCUUUCAGAGGAACCUAAUAAGGGGUGCGAUAUUGCCAGUUUUGAAACCAAAAGCGAACCCAAAACUGAGGGGGCAUUGGCGGUGGCGGGCGUAUCCGAAACACCUGGAAGAACGGGUUCACUUUCACUGCAAAACUUGAUUGCCAAUGACGUAGAGAAUCAAAAGUAUAGGCAAAAGCAAUACAAGGAGGAUAUGUCGGGCGAUCACCAGUUGAAAGAGCAAACAGAGGGCAAGGAAUCAUACGAAGUUCCCCAGGUAAUACCCCAACCACACCACCACCACCAUCAUCACCACCAUCAUGCUCAUCAGCAGCAACACGGCCACUCACAUUUCCCGCUCGAAGUGGGCACCGACGGCAGCGAUGUGUUCGCGUCUUCUCUGCGCGGUCUAUUUAUUGUCCUUGCACUAUCUUUGCACGAAAUGUUCGAAGGCAUGGCCAUAGGUCUAGAAAGUGAUGCCUCAGAUGUGUGGUUCAUGUUCGGUGCCGUGUCGGCGCACAAGUUGGUACUGGCUUUCUGUGUCGGCGUCGAAUUAAUUGUGGCGCGUACGCGUUUCUUACUUUGCACGGUAUACAUCCUCACAUUCGCCGUGGUCAGUCCCAUUGGCAUCGGUAUUGGCAUACUGAUCAGUCAUAACGAAGGUAUAACAUCGCCCACCAUGUCAUCUGCCAUACUGCAGGGACUUGCCUGUGGAACGUUGCUGUACGUGGUUUUCUUCGAAAUUCUGCAAAAAAAUCACGCCGGGCUCAUUGCUUACCUUUCAUUGCUGGUCGGAUUUCUAGUCAUGUUCGGACUCCAACAGCUUGGGGAAGACGGGCAUGGACAUAGUCACGGUAGUUGUGGUAACUCAAGUGAUUAUGAUCAUGACCAUACUGACGAGCAAACAGAUGCCGAGAUUUUGUUGAUGAACAGAGUACAGAAUGCGUACACAAUUCAGACUCCGAUACAAGUGUUCCGUAGCCAAUACCAAUACCAGCAUCACCCCCACAGCAGCCAUGGUGUCAAUGAAAGUAAUAAUUUUGCGCGCGAAUUACAAAUAUUACGGCAAGCGUCUGAGAAGAUAAUACAAAAUGACAGCAAAAUUAAUUAAUUUACUUGAUAUUCGCUUUUAAGACCUAAAUUGUAAAAUAUGUAUGUAUAUAUUAAAAUUCAGUUUUUUUUUUGUACUGUGGCGAUAAAUACAUAGUAAAUGAGCGGAAAUAAAACAUUAAAUAGUAUUUGUACGAGUAUAUACAUAUGUAUGAAAAUAAAGGUGGCGCCUUCCGCGUACAACUGAUCCUCUUUGUCCAUUAGCUGAUGUCACUA